UCCGCAGCUUCAUCUCCUCAGCAUCGCAGGUCGGAUCACGUGCGGGCUCUGUCACGUGAUAUCAGGUCACGUGAGGCCGGUCACGCCCUGGGCAGCUUGGCUGGGGCUGGGGCUGGGCUUCCGGGGCUCUGCGGUCCUCUGCGCUUGCGGGUGGCCUAGGAGCCCACCGAGCCGGGCGGCUGGGAUGAUGAACCGGACGACCCCAGACCAGGAGCAGGCGCCGGCGUCGGAGCCCGUGUGGGAGCGGCCGUGGUCGGUGGAGGAGAUCCGUAGGAGCAGCCAGAGCUGGUCGCUGGCGGCCGACGCGGGCCUACUACAGUUUCUACAGGAAUUCUCACAGCAAACUAUCUCUAGGACCCAUGAAAUCAAGAAACAAGUGGACGGACUAAUACGGGAAACCAAAGCCACAGAUUGUCGCCUGCAUAAUGUCUUCAAUGACUUCCUUAUGCUCUCUAAUACCCAGUUCAUUGAAAAUCGUGUAUAUGAUGAAGAAGUGGAGGAGCCAGUAUUCAAGGCUGAGGCAGAAAAAACAGAGCAGGAGAAAACUCGGGAGCAGAAAGAAGUAGAUCUCAUUCCUAAAGUCCAGGAGGCUGUGAACUAUGGCUUACAAGUAUUGGACAGUGCCUUUGAGCAACUUGAUAUCAAAGCAGGAAACUCAGACUCUGAGGAAGAUGAUGCUAAUGGACGGGUGGAACUGAUCCUUGAACCAAAGGAUCUAUACAUUGAUCGUCCUUUGCCAUAUCUCAUCGGGUCAAAGCCGUUCAUGGAACAAGAAGAUGUAGGUCUUGGAGAGCUGUCCAGUGAAGAAGGCUCUGUGGGCAGUGAUCGUGGCAGCAUUGUGGACACUGAGGAAGAUAAAGAAGAGGAGGAGUCAGACGAAGAUUUUGCCAAUCAUAGUGACAAUGAUCAAAACCGGGUAAGGCUCAUGUACCGCCCACCUCAGUCUCCCAAAGUGCUGGGAUUGAUUACAAGCGUGAGCCACCACACCUGGCCUGGAGUUUUAAUAUAUAUUUUAUGUUUUAAGGACCAGUGGAAUAUUCCUGCUUCACAGACCCACUCAGCAUCUGACAGCAGGUCUAAAGGAGAACCCAGGGAUUCUGGGACCCUCCAGGGCCAGGAGGCCAAGGCUGUGAAAAAGACAAGUCUCUUUGAGGAAGACGAAGAAGAUGAUCUGUUUGCCAUUGCUAAGGACAGCCAAAAGAAGACCCAGAGAGUGUCACUCCUCUUUGAAGACGAUGCUGAUAGCGGAGGCUCUCUGUUUGGCUCUCCUCCCACAUCUGUUCCUCCUGCAACAAUGAAAAAAGAGACUGUCUCUGAGGCACCACCUUUGCUGUUCAGCGAUGAAGAAGAGAAGGAGGCACCACUUGGAGUAAAGCCUGUGGAUAAGAAGGUUGAGAGUGCCAAGGAGUCGUCAGAAUUUGGGAGAACUGAUGUGGCUGAGUCAGAAAAGGAAGGACUUUUGACUAGAUCUGCUCAGGAAGUAGUCAAGCAUUCUGAUUUAUUUUCUUCAUCAUCCCCAUUGGACAAAGGAACCAAGGCUAGAACCAAAACUGUUCUUAGCUUGUUUGAUGAGGAAGAGGAUAAAAUGGAAGAUCAAAACAGUAUCCAGGCUCCACAGAAAGAAGUAGGAAAGGGCCGCGAUCCUGAUACCCGCCCCAAGAGCACAGGUGUCUUCCAGGAUGAAGAACUCCUUUUCAGCCACAAGCUCCAAAAGGACAAUGACCCAGAUGUUGACCUUUUCGCUGGCACCAAAAAACCCAAGCUGUUAGAGCCAAGUGUUGGGAGCCUAUUCGGGGAUGAUGAAGAUGAUGAUCUUUUCAGCUCUGCCAAGUCCCAGCCUUUGGUACAAGAGAAAAAGAGAGUAGUGAAAAAAGACCACUCUGUUGACUCUUUCAAAAACCAGAAACAUCCUGAAUCCAUUCAAGGUAGUAAAGAAAAAGGCCUAUGGAAGCCGGAAACACCUCAGGAAUCAUCAGGUCUCGCUCCAUUUAAAACCAAAGAACCAUCCACUCGGAUCGGGAAAAUACAAGCAAAUUUAGCGAUCAACCCAGCGGCCUUGCUGCCCACAGCGGCUCCCCAGAUCUCUGAAGUAAAGCCUGUUUUGCCAGAAUUGGCUUUUCCUUCAUCUGAACACAGAAGGAGCCACGGUCAGGAAAGUGUGCCUGUUCUUCUCAGGAGUGGGGAGGCCGGUGUGAGUUUUGAUCUUCCAGCUCAGGCAGACACCUUACACAGUGCAAACAAGAGCCGUGUCAAGAUGAGAGGGAAGCGUAGACCGCAGACCCGUGCAGCUAGGCGGCUGGCUGCCCAGGAGUCCAGUGAGGCUGAGGACAUGGGUGUCCCCAGAGGACCCAUUGCACAGUGGGCUGAUGGUGCCAUUUCCGCAAAUGGCCAUCGGCCACAACUCAGAGCAGCCAGUGGAGAAAACAGCACUGAGGAGGCCCUGGCAGCUGCCGCUGCACCUUGGGAAGGUGUUCCUGUGCCUGGAGUGGACAGAAGCCCCUUUGCAAAGUCUCUGGGUCAUUCCAGAGGGGAGACUGACCUUUUUGAUUCUGGGGACAUCUUUUCCACGGGCACUGGAUCUCAGUCCAUGGAGAGAACAAAACCCAAGGCAAAGAUAGCUGAGAAUUCUGCCAACCCGCCAGUGGGUAGUAAAGCAAAAAGCCCCAUGUUUCCUGCUCUAGGCGAGGCCAGCAGUGAUGAUGAUCUCUUUCAGUCUGCGAAACCAAAACCAGCAAAGAAAACAAAUCCCUUUCCUCUCCUGGAAGAUGAGGAUGACCUCUUUACAGAUCAGAAAGUCAAGAAAAAUGAGACAAAAUCCAGUAGUCAGCAGGAUAUCAUAUCAACAACACAAGAUAUUUUUGAGGAUGAUAUAUUUGCUACGGAAGCAAUUAAACCCUCUCAGAAAACCAGAGAGAAGGAGAAAACACUGGAAUCCAAUUUAUUUGAUGAUAAUAUUGAUAUCUUUGCUGACUUAACUGUAAAACCAAAAGAAAAGUCCAAAAAGAAAGUGGAAACCAAGUCUAUAUUUGAUGAUGAUAUGGAUGACAUCUUCUCCUCUGGUAUCCAGGCUAAGGCAACCAAACCAAAAAGUCGAUCUGCACAGGCCGCACCUGAACCAAAAUCGGAACAUGAGGUGUCCAACAUCUUUGAUGAUCCCCUGAAUGCCUUUGGAGGCCAGUAGAGCAUACAGGGUAUCCACAUGUUAUCCUGCAGCUACAUUGUUGAGUUAGUGUUGAUGAUGUAUAUGCUUAUGGUCUUAACUGGGUUACAAAAAGCAAAUACUAGAACAGCUAGCUCAUCUUUUACCCAAUGUACUUAGUAUUUUUCUGCACUGGUUCAAUCAUGCUUAAUACUACAAAACAAAAAUAAGUAUUUCACAGUGGUUGGUUUUGUUUUUAAACCAUAGUUUGAUUUAGUUAGCCUUGCUGGGGCCAUAAUAUGCUUCAGAAGGAUGUGUAAAAGAAGCAAUCUCUUUGUGGCUUUCAUGGGUAAUCAGGGAAUCUCAGAGAUAGCAAAUGCCACAUGACCAGGAGUCUUUGUUAUAUGGAUGGGAACCCUAACUUAGGGCCUGGGCAGGUGAAAGAGAAAGAAAGUGAGAGAUUAUACUUCAUGAGUCUUAGCAAUAUGGGAGCGGGUUUUCACUGAAUUCUGAAGGUGCCUCUGCAUGUCCUCCAAGGCAGGGUUUGGCAAACUGUGGCCCCCCACUGUCGUAUUUUGUUAAUAAAAUUUUAUUGGAACACAACCACA